AAUUUCGGACACCCCUCUCACAACGACAAAACAUAACAAACAAAAUCAAACGCGCUUUGAAGUUUCGAGUUUCGACUGUCGACGAUGUCGCAGGAAGUGCUGUUCUGGUGCUGUUGAUUAAAAACUUUAUCGUCCAAAAAUUGUAAUAAAAAUGAAGCGGAGCUGUCGUCUGUGUGAACAGCAGCAGGAAUCAUUGAUUCCACUUUUCAACGCAGCAGCUCCUUCGAAGCAGAACCGCCUACCCCUCAUGGUGUCCAUUUUCACCGGUUUAGAGGUGGAACGAUGUGAUCGCCUGCCAAAGUAUAUUUGCAAAGCAUGUCUCGAACAGUUGGAACAAUCCUAUCGUUUAUCGAUCCAGUGUCGGAAUACUUUGAGGAAGGAAUUGGUACAGCCAAAAUCGAAGCUUGACAACCGCUGUCUUACAUGCGGUGGGUUACUCGACAAAAAAGCAAUGCAAGCAAAUGUUUCAUUCAAUGAAAAGUGGAAUAAAACCAUCACUGACAUGAUACAGUACCUGAGUUGUGCCCUGAAGACAGUCAAGGAUCAACGGGGUCAACAUUUCUGGUUAGCAUGCGAAUGCUGUUUGGAAAAAAUGGAUCGUUCCUAUAGGUUCAAGGAACAGUGUCUGAAAUCGGAUACAAACUGGCUUCAGAAGUUAUCCCAUCCGUGGGAAAAGAUGGAAGUGGACAGCAAAAAUUUGAACCAACUCGUGGUGGAUUUAUUUGCAGAAGUAAUUCAAGAACGUAACGAUGGAGAUAUGUUUUAUUGUUCCGUUUGUUUGCUUAGAGUGGCACUGGAGCAAGUAGGUGAGAAGUGCGAAGGUUGUCGGCUGAUGUUUAGAAAUGUUUUCAACGAGCAAACGACGGAUACAUCAGAAAUUGAAACUUCUGCAGAAUUAGUGCAGGCCAAAGAGACGAAACAGAAUGAAUUAAUUAUGGACGAAAAAAGUUCUGAACCCCCUAUGGUUCAAAAUGAUCAACUAAUGGAAGAACUCGUUGAAAUGGAGGAAAUUCUUUACGAAGAACCAUUAUCAGAAACUGCAAUUGAAGAGCUUCAUAAUGACCGGAGAUAUAAGAAAGUGGACAAAAUUAGUCACAAAUGCUGUCGUUGUGAUAAAUGCUUUUCUUUCGAGAGAAAUCUACAGAUUCAUCGUACCGUAAAACACAAAUCUACAAACAAUGCGGAACUACCGGAAAACAGUUGCCAAUAUUGUCAUGAACAUUUUGAUGACAAAUCUAAACUCUUGCAACAUCAGCAUCGCAGAAUCCAUACCGUAUCCUAUCAGUGUCAAACUAACGGCUGUACGUUUACUAACACGGAUCUAGAGUUAAUGGAGACCCACUGUAACGAAAAUCCACAUCAAUUACAGAGCAACAAUGCUGAAAAUAAUCCUGAUUUGAAACAUUUCGAUAUAAUCGGCAGUAUGGAUGACUGUAUCGACGUCCUGAAGCUGAAGUCCGAAAUGUGCUGCCGAUGUUACAAACUAUUCGACAGCCUAGAAGAGAAGCUAGUACAUUUACAAACCCAUACCAUUCAGAAAUCCUUCCCAUUCCAAUGUGACGUUUGCGGAAGAGGCUUCGGUAGCAAAAUCAGUUUGAACAUCCACAACAACAUCCGAAGGCACGGCAAGCACUAUUUCUGUCGGCCGUGCAAUCUAUUUAUAUGGAACAAAACGACUUACAUAAGCCAUGUAGCGAUGCAUCAUUUCCCGACGAGUUUGGAAGAUCAAAUAGAGACAGAAAUGGACGACUUCGUAACAUGCUGUGGUUGCAAAGAAAAGUUCGACACGGAAGAGGAUAUCAUCUUGCAUCGUGAGGAAAAGCAUCCAAAGUUAUUUGAUCCAGUACCGAAGGGGAAGGCCAAAUGUGAUUAUUGUCAGACAACAGUGGCGGCAUCCGCAAUGAGGAAACAUGUCGCAACAUAUGAAGUUCGAGAGUCUUACAGAUGCAAGGUACCGUUCUGCCGCUUCCGGAACAAAAGAAUCGAUUUGAUGAAAAAACACACUUAUGCAGGCACCCAUCACAAUGCUGAUGGAGAAAUCAUACAAAGAAAUAACAAUUACACUGCAACUAACCGCCUCUAUUGCUGUAUCAGAACUUGUGGAUACAGCAGCACUGAUAACGAAUUGCUAAUUGAACAUUUCAAGCAGAAGCAUAAGGCGAAACGCGAUUAUUACUCCAAAUAUUACGACGGUCGCGAGUUCAAAUGUCUGGUGUGUACGAGAGGAUUCAACUACAGGAGAACACUGAUAGAUCACAAAUAUAGAAUCAGAUAUUUUCGUUGCAAGGUGUGUGACAAGACAGAUCCAAUCAGUGAACGCGCAGCUCAUGCCAAUUGCCGAAACGAAAACCCUCCAGCUGAAGCCACUGAAACCUCCCGAAUUAAACGUAAAACGAAGAAAUAUAAAAUCACCAAGCUCGUUUGUCACAUUUGUGGAAAACUGGUGAAGCACCUGGAAAGCCACAUGAUUAUUCACGAAAACAAACGCAACUUUGAGUGCGACAUAUGCCACAAACGAUUCAACAAGUUCGAUAUUGCCAUGAAACAUCAACGGGUUCACGAUGGACAGCGGAUGUACGUCUGUCGUCAAGGUUGUGGGAAGAGUUACAAAGCCGAUGGCGAUCGGGUUCGUCACGAAAAACUUGUUCAUUUCGGAAUCAAACCUUUUGCAUGUGAGUACUGCCCUUCAGCUUUCGUACGAGAACGCGACCGUCGGCUGCACACGCGGAAACAUACAGGACAGAAGCUGUAUCCUUGUUCACAAUGCGGUACCGGAUUCGAUAAAAAGGCAGAAUAUAUUCAACAUGAGACGGAAUGCAGUCGGAAUACAGGUGUGAACGAUAGUUAGGAUAGCCAGUGAAUUUUCGAAUCUUUUCACCGUUAUCUACUAUUUCGUGCUUGAAUUUGUUCGUUGCCGUUAAUUUUAGUGAUUUAGUUGCAUAUUAAUCAAGAAGUGUUGAAAAGAAAAAGACAAAAGAGUCGAUCAAUUAACAUGAAAACAGAAUAAUUUCCAUGUAUAAGAAUCAGUUAUCAAUAUAAUAAAGACAAACCAUUUUUCUAAAA